GCGUUCGAGGUGGUGGUCCAUGAACCCGUUAGCUCGGAUCCAUUCACAAUUAUCGGAUGUUUUCUGUUUUGCAGAUCAACCCGUUUCACAAGGUACCAACUCUUGACGACUCGGGAUUUGUCGUUUAUGAGAGCAUCGCCAUUGCUUACUACCUGCUACGCAAGUAUGCUCCCAAGUCAGAACUCUAUCCGGAGUGUGUGAAGGAGCGCACCCGCAUCGACCAAAUCCUCGCCGCUGUUUCGUCCACAAUUCAACCGCACAAGAUGGCCUUUUUCCGACCGCUCUUUACCGAAAAGAGAAAGCCCACCAGCGAAGAAGUGGCAGCAUUCGAAGAAAAUGUGCUCAAGGGUUUUGAGCACCUUAUCGGUGACCGCAAGUUCGCCGUCAAAGACAAGUUCACACUGGCUGAUAUCUGCCUCUUCUCAGCCAUGGUAGGAGUUUUCGAGAUGCGCUUCUUCAACAAGGCCAAGUUUCAGAAGCUGAGCAGCUACUACGAGCGCGUCUUGCCCGAAAUUGCUGGCUACGAUGAAAUCUUCAAGCCAGCCAUCACCCUCUUGCAGGAGCGCAUGAAGUGAACCCUGGGAGGCCGAAAACAAUGUCGUAAAAUCAGUUCAGCUGCAGCAGCAUGCCAUUCACCGGAAUAAAAUGUGACAGACUUUGUGAUACAGGGUUUCAAAAUGAUGGCCUCUAGG